AUGAAUCAACAUCCAGAAAAAAGAAAAAACGGUCGACCCGAAAAACGAGCAGAUAGGCGCUAUCCAAUUCUAUUAAUUUCCAUCGCCAUAUUAACCGUUCUUGGAAAUACUUUGGUUUUGAUUUUGACCUGGAGAGAAAAAUGUCUUCAUGAACCAAGCAAGUAUUUCGUUGCCUUUUUGGCUGCCGCUGAUCUUUUGGUUGGCAUCUUUGUCGCACUGCUGAGUUAUUAUGCCGUUCUUCUUUAUGAUCAGCCCAUCAGUACUCCUGUCUGUUCAUCUUUGUCGUUUUAUGACGUGAUAGACACCUUUGCAUUAACGACAUCUAUUUACACCCUGACAGUCAUAAGUUUCGAUAGAUAUCUCAAAAUCAGCAAGCCACUUCGGUACAAAACACGAAUGACAACUUCCACAACAAAAAAGUUACUUUUCCUCAUCGGUUUCGUCUCAGCCGUCAUCGCUACUUACAGCGCUACACCAUAUUCAGGAAGCCAUGGGCUUUUGGCAACCGGCAGCGGUGUUUGUUCGGGCAGCGAUGAAGGAGAAGUUUUCGAGACCUUUUUGUCAAUCAGUGCAUUUUUUUUACCUGAUACAAUAAUUUUGGUUAUGUAUGGUCUUAUAUUCAUUUUAGUUCAUAGGCGAAACAAAAAGCUCGUGAAUGGCGGAAAAAACGAACAACUUUACGACGAGAUUUGA